UGUUUUAAUUCCGUGUAAAUUUAAAGCAAAUAAAUUCGCAAAUUAUUUGUUUAUAUUGGCAAAAUAUUAUUUUUAUCAAUAAAAAUUGCCAACAAAAAGCAAAAAAUAAUGGCUGAAAGUCAAGAAAAUAGUUUAGAAAAUGCCACCGGUAGUAAAACAUUAGAAAUAAAUGGCGAAACACAAAUGGAAAAACGUAUUGCGCUAAUAACCGGCAUAACGGGACAGGAUGGUUCUUAUUUGGCCGAGUUUUUGCUAAAAAAAGGCUAUGAAGUUCAUGGCAUCAUUAGACGGGCCAGCACUUUCAAUACAUCGCGCAUACAGCAUUUAUAUGCAGAUCCCCAGGCCCACAAGGGUGGCUCUAUGAAACUACACUAUGGUGACAUGACAGACAGUAGUAGUUUAGUGAAAAUUAUUAAUAUGGUUAAACCGGAGGAGAUAUAUAAUUUGGCUGCCCAAUCCCAUGUUAAGGUGUCCUUUGAUCUCAGCGAGUAUACUGCCGAAGUUGAUGCGGUUGGCACUCUGCGUAUAUUGGAUGCCAUACGUACCUGUGGCAUGGAGAGUAAAGUUAAAUUCUAUCAAGCAUCUACCUCAGAGCUGUAUGGCAAAGUUGUGGAAACGCCACAAAAUGAACAAACACCAUUUUAUCCGAGAUCACCAUAUGCCUGCGCCAAAAUGUAUGGUUUCUGGAUUGUCAUCAACUAUAGGGAAGCGUACAAUAUGUUUGCCUGCAAUGGCAUUCUCUUUAAUCAUGAAUCACCACGAAGAGGUGAGAAUUUUGUUACACGCAAAAUUACACGUUCGGUAGCAAAAAUCUAUCUUAAUCAAUUGGAAUACUUUGAAUUGGGUAACUUGGAUUCCAAACGUGAUUGGGGUCAUGCCAUGGAUUAUGUGGAGGCCAUGUGGAUGAUGUUGCAGCGGGAAACACCCUCGGACUAUGUCAUUGCCACCGGAGAGACCCAUAGUGUAAGGGAAUUCGUUGAGGCCUCAUUUCGCUACAUCGGACGUCAGAUUGUCUGGCAGGGUGAAGGAGUUGAAGAGGUUGGCAUCGAACAGGAUACUGGAGUGGUGCGCGUACGUAUAAAUCCCAAAUAUUUCCGUCCCACCGAAGUGGAUCUGUUGCAGGGUGAUGCCUCGAAAGCCAAACGUGAAUUGAAUUGGACCCCUAAGGUAACUUUCAUGGAAUUGGUCAACGAUAUGAUGGCAGCCGAUAUCGAACUAAUGAAAAAGAAUCCAAUUGCGUAGAAAUAUUUUCUCCAGCUAACAAAUUGUUAAAACAUUUGCCACUAAAUGAAAAAAAAAACAGGAAAUACAUUUACAAUUAAAAGUUUUGUAUGUGUCCUUUGUAUCUAUUACUUUUUUGCUAUCAUUCUUUCUUUAGAAUGUUUUAAUUAAAGCACAAAUAUGUUUAAAAUUUUAUAUAUUUUAUUAUAAUUUUUGUUUAUUAUUUUAUUUUUUUUUAUUGUAAAAAUUAAGUCAUAUUAUCAUCUUAUAUGGAUUUAUUUCAAUAUAGAGCAUUCCUUGGUAUUUUAAAUAUUUAAAAAAAAUCACACAUUUCAGCAAUAUUAUUUUAAUAAUAUAACUUUUAUUUAUGUAUGUACGUAUUUUUUCGCAAUUAUUUUUUUAAUAAUUAAUAAUCUACAAAAUCAAAAUAAUUAUUGUAAACAUUUUGAUAUGUAUUUUAUUUUCAAUGUAUUAUUAAAUAUAUCAUGAUCUAAAUAAUAAAGUAAUAACAAUAAUUAAUGUUCGCAUUAUUUUUAUGAAGAAUAA